ACAACCCUCACACUCUGUCACUGUCCCUCUGGCAUGAGUGCAGCUGGUAAGAGCCCUCAGGUAAAAAGUCCUCAGAAAUCCUGCUGUCUUCGUUCCUUGGGGAAACUUAGGGCUCCAGGAUUGAAGCUUGGUUUCUUAAGUUGGACAUUAAGCCAGAAGACUUUCUGACAGCUUUCAAUUUGGAAUUGGAGGUGGACAUUUUUCUCUCAGAUGACAGACCCACUCCAACUUCCCCUCUGCACUUGCUUCCCUUCCUUAAAGGUAGCAGUAUCUUGUUUUCUGUAAAACCUCUUCCUUUCAAAAGUUGCCUGCCAUGCAGACCGUCAGCGCAUCUGUGGCCCCACAGACGGGGGCCGAGCCCCGGUCCCCAGGGCCAGUCCCACACCCAGCCCAGGGAAAGGCCACUGAGGCUGGGGGAGGACACCCAGGUGGCAUCUAUUCAGCCAUCAUCAGCCGCAACUUUCCUGUCAUCGGAGUGAAAGAGAAGACAUUUGAGCAGCUUCGCAAGAAAUGUCUGGAAAAGAAAGUUCUUUAUUUGGACCCUGAGUUCCCACCGGAUGAGACCUCGCUCUUUUACAGCCAGAAGUUCCCCAUCCAGUUCGUCUGGAAGCGUCCUCCGGAAAUCUGUGAAAAUCCCCGAUUUAUCAUUGGCGGAGCCAAUAGGACGGACAUCUGCCAAGGAGACCUAGGGGACUGCUGGUUUCUCGCGGCCAUUGCCUGCCUGACCCUGAACGAGCGGCUGCUUUUCCGAGUUAUCCCACAUGACCAGAGUUUCACUGAAAACUACGCGGGGAUCUUCCACUUCCAGUUCUGGCGCUAUGGUGACUGGGUGGAUGUGGUUAUUGAUGACUGCCUGCCAACAUACAACAAUCAGCUCGUCUUCACCAAAUCCAACCACCGCAAUGAGUUCUGGAGCGCUCUGCUGGAGAAGGCUUACGCUAAGCUCCACGGUUCUUAUGAAGCCCUAAAAGGUGGGAAUACCACAGAGGCCAUGGAGGACUUCACAGGAGGGGUGACGGAGUUUUUUGAGAUCAAGGAUGCUCCACGAGACAUGUACAGGAUCAUGAGGAAAGCCAUCGAGAGAGGCUCCCUCAUGGGCUGCUCCAUUGAUGAUGGCACGAACAUGACCUAUGGAACCUCUCCUUCCGGUCUGAACAUGGGGGAGUUGAUUAAACGGAUGGUGAGGAACAUGGAUAACUCGCUGCUCAGGGACUCAGACCUCAUCCCCAGAGGCUCAGAUGACAGACCAUCGCGGACAAUUGUUCCGGUUCAGUAUGAGACAAGAAUGGCCUGCGGGCUGGUCAAAGGCCAUGCCUAUUCGGUCACUGGACUGGAGGAGGCCCUGUUCAAAGGGGAGAAAGUGAAACUGGUGAGACUGCGGAACCCCUGGGGCCAGGUGGAGUGGAACGGCUCUUGGAGUGACAGCUGGAAGGACUGGAGCUUUGUGGACAAAGAUGAAAAGGCUCGUCUUCAGCACCAGGUCACUGAGGAUGGAGAGUUCUGGAUGUCAUAUGAUGACUUCACCUUCCACUUCACAAAGCUGGAGAUCUGCAACCUGACUGCUGACGCCCUGGAAUCUGACAAGCUGCAAACGUGGACAGUGUCGGUGAAUGAGGGCCGCUGGGUGAGGGGCUGCUCUGCUGGAGGCUGCCGCAACUUCCCAGACACUUUCUGGACCAAUCCACAGUACCGUCUGAAGCUCCUGGAGGAGGACGAUGACCCUGAUGACUCUGAGGUUAUCUGCAGCUUCCUGGUGGCUCUGAUGCAGAAGAACCGCCGGAAGGAUCGAAAGCUGGGCGCCAACCUCUUCACCAUCGGCUUCGCCAUCUAUGAGGUUCCCAAAGAGAUGCACGGGAACAAGCAGCACCUGCAGAAAGAUUUCUUCCUGUACAACGCCUCCAGGGCCAGGAGCAAAACCUACAUCAACAUGCGAGAGGUGUCCCAGCGCUUCCGCCUGCCUCCCAGCGAGUACGUCAUCGUGCCCUCCACCUACGAGCCCCACCAGGAAGGAGAAUUCAUCCUCCGGGUCUUCUCUGAAAAGAGGAAUCUCUCUGAGGAAGUUGAAAACACAAUCUCAGUGGAUCGACCAGUGAAAAAGAAAAAGCCCAAGCCCAUCAUCUUCGUUUCAGACAGAGCAAACAGCAACAAGGAGCUGGGUGUGGACCACGAGUCAGAGGAGGGCAAAGACAAAGCAAGCCCUGAUAAACAGGAGAAAUCCCCACAGCCACCGCCUGGCAACACUGACCACGAAAGUGAGGAACAGCAGCAAUUUCGCAACAUUUUCAAGCAGAUAGCAGGUGAUGACAUGGAGAUCUCUGCAGAUGAGCUCAAGAAUGUCCUUAACUCUGUUGUAAACAAACAUAAGGACCUGAAGGCACAAGGGUUCACGCUGGAGUCCUGCCGUAGCAUGAUUGCCCUCAUGGAUACAGAUGGCUCUGGGAGGCUGAACCUGCAAGAGUUUCAUCACCUGUGGAAGAAGAUCAAGGCCUGGCAGAAAAUCUUCAAACACUACGACACAGAUCAGUCCGGCACCAUCAACAGCCACGAGAUGCGCAAUGCAGUGAACGAUGCAGGCUUCCAUCUCAACAGCCAGCUCUACAACAUCAUCACCAUGCGUUACGCAGACAGACACAUGAAUAUCGACUUCGACAGCUUCAUCUGCUGCUUUGUCAGGCUGGAGGGCAUGUUCCGAGCUUUCAAUGCAUUUGACAAGGAUGGAGAUGGUAUCAUCAAACUCAAUGUUCUAGAGUGGCUACAGCUCACCAUGUACGCCUGAACCCAGCUGGCCUUAGCCAAGGUCAUGCAGGACCUCUCACAGGAGUCAGUCUACCCAGGAUAGCUAGAGCCACUUACCUCAAAGGACCCAGCAGCUAACCCCACAAGGCCUCCAGGGACCUCCUUGUUCUUGUCCCUCCUCCAUUUUGGUCCAUAUUGUCAUUUAGCAUGACUAGCCUGACCGUUGGGAGAACAGCUUUGUCACUUUGCCACAUAAAGGCAAGUGUGUGCCUCAAUGGUAGGUGGCCUCGCCGAGGGGUCUGCUGAUUCUGAGCAGCCUCAGCUUGCAUCAGGCUGUUUGCAGAAGCACAUGCCAAUGGCUGUCCUCACCCUCCACUCGCCUCACUGUGGGAGUAACCAAACUUCUACUUGGAUCUGCCUGUUUUAAGGUGGCCCACUCUGGGCUACACUAACUCAGUGGUAUAGAGCUGGAUACUUUGGGUUUCUGACUCACAAGUUUGGCUGCAUUCUGCAGAGUUGAUCUAAAUAAAAGCAUGUGUAUGGCUGGUU